AUGGCCGGACAGCAUUUUGGCAGGUCUUCGACCAGACAGAAGGCCUUUGACAGCGCCCUCGACACGGCCGAGAGCUCGCUGCGGCGCCUCCUCCGUUGGUUUCAGCCGAGAUCGACCGGUGCCUCCUUGCCCGCGUCACGCCUCGUCGCAGGCAUCCUAAUUGCCGGGGAUGUCGUCCUGCCGCGUCUGGAACGCUUGCAACGUCGAGUGGCAAAGCUACACCUUCGAAUGCAGCGUGCCACAUCGUUACUUGACGACGGGACGUAUGCUGUGGCUGACAGCAUCUUGGAACAGGGCUCAUUGAUCGCUGAGGCCGCUUUCGUCACGGCUCUCUAUCUACAGCUGGGGGACAGAAGGUUACGCACGCAGCCGCGCAUGCCCAAGGUGGACGUGGAGCAGGAGGCGUGGGUCGUCCUCCUCUGGGGGGGCAAUGGCAGGAAGGCCGAGCGCCGAGCCUUCCUCUACUCCGAGGCCAUCCGCACCCUGGCCUUCUCCGCUCGACGGGCCGAGGCUCCGGGAAGCCGACGACCUUUCAUUGUCCUGGCCGUGGGCGAACUUCCCAGAGCAUCGGUGCAGGAGUUGGAAGCGGAUGGCUUGGAGGUGCGCGACAUAGCUGAGAUGAACCAGAGCCUGCCGGCCUUGGACAAGCUUCUGCACUCAGCCAGGCACGGUGCCGGUGCCUGGUUCGCAGAACGAGGGCUUCCCCCCAGCUUUCCCCAGCUCGCUGCCUGGGCAUUGCCAUUCCGUCGGGUUGUGAUACUCGAUGCAGACACGCUGGUCCUGGAGAACUGCGAUGAGCUGUUUGAUUUGGGCGCCGUGGCUGUUGCUUCUGGGUACGAGAUCCACCAGGAGCAGCUCGACUUGUCCCGACACGAUGGUAGCCGGACCUACAUGAUCAACGCCGGAGUCAUCUCCUUACGUCCCGACCCACAGUUCCUGCGCUACAUGCAGGCGGUGGCUGCUGCCGAUGCCUUCCGGGGCAGAGUGGAACACUACGCGGAGGGCGCCACUCCCACCUUUCAGCAGUUCCUGGACAUCUUCCUCCUGGAGGCCUCGGAUCGGCGCGGCUUCGCUCAUUGGGACGCAGGCCGAUUCCGAGGCUGUGCUUCGCGAGCCGAGCGAGGUCGAGCUGGAACCGUGUGGGCUCCCAUCAAGGUUGACGAGGACUUGAUCCCCUCCUGGAAGCUGACGAAUCUCGAUCAUUGCCGGCUCCCAUUGGAUUUCCACUUCCAGGCCGACUUCGCGCAUGUGUUCUGGAUGACGACCGCCGCGCUCGAAGAUGCUGUGAUGCAGGGCACGUCUGAGGCACAAGCUGAGACUCCGGCAUGA